AUGAAAUAUUCGCGAGCCACAAGCGCGAUUUUGACAUACUUCUACUCAUUUCUCAUACUAACUUAUGUCAAAGUAAGUGUAGGCAGUCUGCCAGGACUGCCAGGACUGCAUGCUACCUACUCCCUGCCCGAACCUCUUCAACAACCCAUAUCAAUUACUUCAAGUGCCAGUCAUCGUCUGGAUGACCCACUGUCUAGAUCUAAAUCAACACUGAAAGAUACUACGUCCAAGAUGGCUCAUAUAGCGUCAAAACUAGUUCUCAAAAGCUUAGGAAGAGACACUUCGCGGCAGUGCUGCUUUGGACGAGUCUAUCCUCAGAUUGCCUCAAAGGGUAAAAGUAGUACGACUGCUCCAGAACGAGAAUUCCGAAAAGAGUCGCGCAAAGAUCAUACCAUAGGGCAUCCCACAGUUAAUCCAAGUAUCAAUCAGCUUCAACUGGACCAAAUGGACAAACUUAACCAAUGGAAAUCAAUGCCUGAAGUUGCAUAUUUUAUUGGAGAACUAGAACUCGGUAUCACACAAAUUGUUAACGCGAUCAUAUAUCUAGAGGUUCCAUUUCUUGCGCCUGAAGAUUUGUAUCUCCUUUUAACACGGUUCGCGUCCGAGGAAAUGAAAUACAAACAAACACCAGAGACGUUUGCGCAUCUGGUACAGAAUUUUAUCUGCGAUGUUUAUAGCAGUCGCAUAGGUUCAAACCAACCCAAUCUCGUUGCAAACACCUAUCUAAACAACGAGUUGAAAAUCUACAAAACAUACGCAUCUCUGCCCAUUUUCAGAUUAGUUAAAAUUGAGAUUUUGGAAUGUUUGAAAGCAAUGAUUUCGUCGGCUUCCAGAUAUUACAAAGACGCCAGACGUGAGAUGGAUAUUUGGCAAGAAAAAGUGCAUUCAAUCAUUCAGAUGCUGAAAUUCAUUCAAACGGAGAUGAGCCCAUUUAAAAAUAACAAAAUCAGAAGGAAAUUAUUGGUCAAUCAAGUCUCUCAAACUAAGGUUCGAAGUGGAGAUACCGGCCUAUUUGAGUUCCUGGAGACUGGCGCGCAGACGGACAUCAGUGUGAAACGAAUUCAAAGCUUUCUGUUGCUCAACACCAAGGGAGCCACCCCCGUGCACCGAGAAAAACUCUUUACGCAUGUCCAAAACAUUUAUGAUGAUCUUUCUUCAAUGUGUCGUAAUUUUUAUACUCCGUUAAAUUUAAAUCAUAGAAACGCAUUGGAGCUGCAGUGGGACUAG